GGAAAUCGCGCACGCGACGAUCCAGAGACCAAUUGGGCUCAGCUCAGCACAGAUCUCGCCAUCGCAAAAUCACGUAUAUGCGAUUCUCUUUCAUUUUUUUCUCCCCUUCCCUCGCCGUUUCUUCGCGCGCCUUAUCGUUUCUCCGCAAACCCAUCCUCUCUCCACUCUCAACGCGGUCAUACCCAAGGGCCAACGGUAUUAAAACGCCACAAUGAGCAAUCGCAAGAGAUCGCGAUCUGUCGGGGGGGAGAGUCGCGAUGAGUGCCCUUUUACGAUUUCUUACGCGACUAGCCCUCCGGCUGCCCAGAAGGAAAUUCGCAAGACCAAGAAGCGGAAGCGCGAUGGUCAAGAUGACGAUAAACUGGUUCGGUUUCAAGGCUCUCCCUUCUCCCCAACGGGCAGCUUCAAAACGCAUAACACCAUGGAUCUAUACUACACCGUCGGCCCUGGAAAGAAAUGGCAAAAAAUGGCGUGCUAUAAAACCGUUGUCUACAAUGGUUUCAGAUAUUCUAGCGAAGACUUCGUGCAUGUCGCCAACGAGCGGACCAUUGAACAACACAAAGCUCAAGGUGAUGGCAAGGGUAUCUCCAAGAAGAGUAAUGAUGGCUGGGUCGCGCGCAUCCUCGAGAUCCGUGCUUCCGAUCAGCAUCACGUCUAUGCACGCGUCUACUGGAUGUACUGGCCUGAUGAACUCCCUGAGGGAACCCUUGACGGCAAGAAGACGGUUCAAGGUCGUCAGCCGUACCAUGGCGCUGACGAACUGAUUGCUUCCAACCACAUGGAUAUUAUUAAUGUUGUCAGUGUAACAGGACCCGUUACCGUCAACCAAUGGAUAGAGUCCGACGACGAGGAGAUCCAAGACGCGCUUUAUUGGCGUCAAGCGUACGACUGCCGUAACUCGCAACUUUCGUCUGUUGAACUCAGGUGCAAAUGCCAAACUCCUGCGAACCCCGAGAAGACCCUCAUAGAAUGCACGAGUUGGGAAUGCGGGAAGUGGAUGCAUCACGAAUGUAUGGCCCACGACAUUCUUAUGCAAGUCUACGAACGACUGGGAACAGAUAAGUCCCAUCGAAGCGAGGGAUUGGUUGUUGAGGAAGAGAAGCCUGAGGAAGCGAUCCGUCCGCUAUCGCCCACUGACGCCGAGGAGAAGGAGACCCAGCCAACGAUCGAUGUCCGUUCCGGCGAGACGAACGAUAAUGUACACGUCGAGAAGGCUGCUCGCGAGACCCCUCGUGAGACAGAAACUCCAAUACCUAGACCAACGCCAUCCAGAUCUAUUGCCACCGCAUCAGCUAAAGGAUCAGCCAAGAAGGGUCACAAGAAGAAGACCGGAGACUCCAAGCCAUAUCUGGGACUUUUCGAGGCCACUCUCAAGAUGCAAGACGGCCCUACAGCAUGGGAGAUUCGCGACCUGCGUGAAAACGUAACAGGUGGCGAUAAGACCUGGACUGAGAAGGCUCACUGUCUGCUAUGCGGUUCCACUAUUGACUGAAUACUCAAUAUGACGACCACGUAACUGCGCCGAGUCUGUUCCUGUCAGCAGGCUCAUUGAGUCUGGACGGUACAGCUCAACAUUGCUUGGAGGAGCCAACCAGUCCCCGAACGUAUUCCUGAUGACUUGCAGGGGGAACACGGCUAGCCCGACCCAGCUACCUACUCGAUACGACUUAUUGGGUCGAACAAUGCUUAAGGUUUCUUUUAUGGACACUUGGAGGUCGCUCUCUUGCUGAUUUGCCCAAUGAUGGA